AUGCGGGAGGCGAAGCUGGAGCCCGACGCCGCGGUUCUCAGCUACAAUGCUGGGAUCAGCGCGUGCGAGACGAGCGAGCAGUGGCAGCGAGCGCUAGCGCUACUGAGCGAGAUGUGGGAAGUGAAGCUGGAGCCCAAUGUCAUCACUACAACGCUGGGAUCAGCGCGUGCGAGAAGGGUGCGCAGUGGCAACGGGUUUUGGCGCUACUCUGCGAGGUAA